CCCCGGACCACCUCGAGACCGCUUUUCCCUUUCACUUUGGGGGUUAUUUUUUCAUUUCAUCUGUCUACUACAUAGCGUGAUCUGGCAUAACUGAUUGGUAACGCUCUACACCGCCCCCAGUCUCAACCCGCCAGUCAGCAGCCAUCGAGACACCAUCAGGCAACGGGGAUACUGCCAACACCAUCCGCCCCAAGUCCGCUCUUGCAGCCUUGUUUCGCUGGUUUUCGAAUCAGACUACAACCCAAUACCCACCGGGAGUUCUUAUUCACCGUGAUGUCAGACUCGGCAAACGCUUCCAAGCCGAGUAGCAGCGUGAAGCUCGUGCUGCUCGGCGAGGCGGCAGUGGGAAAGUCUUCCCUUGUCCUUCGAUUUGUCAACAAUGACUUUCAAGAAAACAAAGAGCCAACCAUCGGAGCCGCCUUUUUAACGCAGAAAUGCUCACUCCCCACGCGGACCAUCAAGUUUGAGAUCUGGGAUACAGCCGGCCAGGAGCGCUUCGCCUCAUUAGCCCCCAUGUACUAUCGCAACGCGCAGGCGGCGCUGGUCGUCUACGACAUCACCAAGCCGUCCUCGCUGACCAAGGCCAAACACUGGGUUGCCGAGCUGCAGCGACAAGCAAGCCCCGGUAUCGUCAUCGCUCUGGUGGGCAACAAGUCCGAUCUUGCCAGCGACAACGGGAACGGGAACGAGAGCAACAGCAGCGGCGGCAGUGGCGGCAAUCCCGGAGAGCCCGGCCCGGACGCCGAGACGACCGGGGACGCCAUCAGUGCCGGACAGGACGGAGAGGGCAACAACGAUGCGAUUGAAGGGUCCGGCGAGAACGCGGAGGAAGAAUCGGAUGAGGCCGCGGCUAGGGAUGCGCGCAAAGUGUCGACGCGCGAGGCUAGGACGUACGCGGAGGAAGAGAGUUUACUGUUCUUCGAGACCAGCGCCAAGACAGGCACCAACGUCACCGAGGUGUUCACGGCCAUCGCCAACGCCAUCCCGGAGAGCAGCCUGAAGGGCGGCCGGGGUGCCGGGGCGGGCACCGGCCAGACGGGGCUGGGAGGGCGCGCGGCGGAGGAUUCCAGAGUCAAUCUGGGAGACAGGGCCACUGCCACUGCCAAGGAGGGGUGUGCUUGUUGAUAUCAAUGUUUUUUUUCCUCUCUUUUUUUCUUCUUUUCUUUAGAUUCUCCUCUUGUUCUCUCUCAGUGCUUUACUUCCAACUUGGCCUGCGACAUGUCAGGCAAUGUUCUAUUCCCAUGUUCUUCCAAUCCGGAG